AUGUCGCACGGCAGUGGUGGCUAUGACCGUCACAUCACAAUCUUUAGCCCCGAGGGAAGACUGUAUCAAGUUGAGUAUGCAUUCAAAGCCGCCAAGAGCAACGGGCUGACGGCCAUCGCUGUGAGGGGCACCGACAGCGUGUGCUUUGUCACGCAGCGCAAGGUGCCCGACAAGCUGACCGACCCCAGCAGCGUGACGCAGAUACACAGCAUCACCAAGAACAUCGGCAUGCUGCUGACGGGCAUGCACGGUGAUGCCCGCUCGCUGAUGCAGAAAGCACGCUCCGAGGCAGCCGAGUUCCGGUUCAAAUUUGGGUACGAAAUGCCGGUGCACUACCUGGCGCGGGUGCUAGCAGACCAGGCACAGGUGUACACGCAGCACGCCUACAUGCGGCCGCUGGGCGUCAUCCCCAUCCUCAUCGCCAUUGAUGAGGAGCGCGGCCCGCAGCUGUUCAAGGUGGACCCUGCAGGCUACUUUGUGGGCUACAAGGCCACCGCUGCGGGCGUGAAGGAAACGGAGGCGGUGAACAUGCUGGAGAAGAAGUUCAAAACGGGGCCGCAGUACAGCCAGAAGGAGGUGGUAGAGCUGGCCAUCUCCACGCUGCAGCACGUGCUGGGCGAGGAUCUGAAGGUCUCGGACAUUGAGGUGGGACUGGCAUCGGCGCAGGAUGGUGGGCGUUUCCGGGUGCUCAGCUGCGAGGAGCUCGAGGAGCAUCUGGUGGCAAUCAGCGAGCGGGACUAA